AUGGUGCCUAUAAUGCCCGCGAACUCUCAGCUCAGUCAGCAACAGCAACAGCGUAUCCAGCCAUUAGUGGGUACACAAGGAGCACACCAAUACAGCGCAACUCCAGUCGCAGCCACAAAGGGUACCUCUCACCAGACGGGAGUCGAAGGGCUUCAUCGCGGUACCCAAGUCCCCGUUGUGAAUGUGCAGACUGCGCGAACGACGCCGCGCACUCAGCAAGAGCAAUGGCUCAUCAAUGCGCAUCCAGACCUUCAAGGAAAGACCGUCACGACAGUACCAGCUAUUCUCGCCAAGCAAGGCACUCUGGGGGCUAUUCCCCAUACUCGACAUGAAUUGCUGGUGCCGCGCGACGUGUGGCGCCUGCGAGCUCUGCCACCACUCCAACGUUAUAUCGCCUACCACCACAUGGUAGAGCUAGGAUGUCGGAUGAGCCAGUGUGACCAAGCUAGCGAAGAACACCUCAAGCUUUGGAAUCGAAUCGUGAACGUCCAAACGAGCUUGAUGGAGGGAGAGGUGGAGUUGGCGAACAAAUUCAAGGAGAACACGGCCGAGACCAGGGCAAGUUGGAGCCAACUCGUGGCAAUUCAGACUGUCGAGACACCAGUCAAUUGGGAAAUGCGGGUGGCCUACAGGAACUAUCGCGAUCGCGCCAUUGCAUGUGGGACGCCUGCUGAGGAUCUGGCGGUCAAGUCUCAGCCAUCCACAUCUGGCCAAGUGCUGGAACAGCAGAAGCCAGAUACGUGGCAAAAGCCGGUACCGAAGCCUCAGACUUCUAUAUCUUCUGCGCCUACCGUUACUUCGUCAGUACCGGUAGAGCCCAUCAGACCAGACCAGAUAACACAUCCCCUGGACAAGGUCUCAGUUCCUCCAUACCCUGGCGAGCUCGAGGACUUCACGCCGCACGAAGUCACCGGAAUGUACAAAUGCAACCACCAAUGGUUAACCGGGGCCUGCUGCACAGAAGGAGUCACAAAGGAUAGGAAGAUGGCUUCAAUCUCGAGGAAUAAAUCGACGUGGAAACGACAGGUGGAAGCCUUGGUCAAGAAGGGCGACUUGCAUGAGAGCCAUAUAACAUGGAAGAAGGAACAGUCACCCAAUAAGAAGGAAGACCAGAAGACGAAGCAUGCGGAGAAAGAGCGACUUCGAGAUGAAAAGAACGCGGAUGCCAGCGCGAAAAAAGAAGCGAGAAAGGAACAGAGAAAGAAAUGGCGAGAAGAGCCACACGAUGCGAUCGAUGCGCAAGAGGCGCCCAUAGCUAUUGUCGCACCAAACCCGCUCGAGGAGUACCUCUCAUCAGCCUCUGAACUUGAUUCCGAACUGUCUUCAGAAGAACAGGCUGCCGCCGCUGAUACCGCAUUUCAAGAGGAAAUUGCAAAGAAGCUCAAAGACUACGAGCGCGAACUCAAGUACUGUAAGCGUAUUGAGCGUAUGAAGAAGUGGCCUAAUUGGUCACGCUUCAAUGAAUAUUGGGAGGUCCAACACCUUAAGGCUCAGGGUUUGCAGCUCUCGCCAGAGCAGGUAAUCAUCUCGAAGGGUGAUGAACCGUCUGGUAUCCCAGACAGGAACCCCGCGUUUGUGAAGAAGAAGGCUGAGGAGAUGGUGCCGGCGCUGGUUCAGGAGCCGGUGGACGAUUCGAGCUUAGACGGACUGUUCGAGGAUACGGAAGAAAACGUCGAGCAGGAUGACACGAGCUUAGAUGAUUUGUUUGAGGAUGAUGGCUCAGAGUAG